UGACCGUCGCCCAGGUUGUGUCGAAAGCAUCCUGGUGUUAGCAGUUUUCAGGCUGGAGAUAAUACGCGUAAAGUGACAUGUAAAUACUUGUACCAUGGACGAAUCACUUGUUUGAGGCUAGUGGAGACUAAAAAGGCAAGGGGCUGUUCUAACUGUCGUUUUUCCACCAUGGUGUGAUUACUCGUAUCUGAAGAGGCCAGUUAACAUGGCUAACAAACCGUUAGCGGUUAGCUAAUCGUUCAAACUUUGACGGGCAACAGGAGCUAUUCGCUAGCUAGCUGCUAACACUUCUGUAUCAGUGUACUACUACUAAACCAUCAGCCAGGAUUUCAUGUGUUGUUGCUGUAUCUGUUAUGCUAAUUUAGUAUCGAGUGUGUUACAACACAGACCAUCACCGUUUGGUCAGCUGUCUCUUUAAAAGUAGUAUUAACGUUACUAAGUAACGUCUACUAUCUAAUGAAUAAUUACUACUCUUGAACAGCUAAUGCUAGCAAUAGCCACUUAAUAUUCAGCAAACAUAUACACAUUUAUUGAGAUUUAUUUAUCUUCCUCCUGUUAUCGUGAGACAACUACAGCUGUUAAAGCAGUAGGAAUUUGAAUUGCAACACGUUCGUGUUUUUUUUAUUGAUUUCGGCUAAUCACAUGAGGACACAAAAAUAAUGGUAAACAGCAGGAUGUCAAAAGAACGGGGAUUAUCGUUAGAGCAGCAGCUUUGUCUCGAAAGCACAGCUGUCCAGUCUUUUCCAUAAUCCGUGCUUUUUUUUAUACAGCUACGAUAAAAAUUUUAUCGCACAAUCUUUAGUUUAACAUAUUGCAGAAAAACAAACAAAAACAAACAAACAAACAGCACAUUGGAAUAUAUAUCAAAAUCAGUCUGUGCUGGCUUUAGUCUUCUUUUUCUGUAAGUAAUGUCUGGGGACACAUCAGAUAGCAGUGAUGACUCCGAUGGGAAAACAAAUGAGAAAGCUUGUACUGUCAAGCACCUCAUCACCAAUGCUAACCUCACAGGUCACACUGAGAGGGUGGGCAUGGAGAACUUUGAGCUGCUCAAAGUUUUGGGCACUGGAGCUUAUGGAAAGGUGUUUUUGGUCAGGAAGAACAGCGGCCAUGAUGCGGGCCAGCUAUAUGCUAUGAAGGUCUUAAAAAAAGCAGCUAUUGUUCAGAAAGCCAAGACAACAGAGCACACUCGCACUGAGAGGCAGGUGCUGGAGCACAUUCGCCAGUCUCCUUUCCUGGUCACACUUCACUACGCCUUUCAGACUCAGAGUAAACUACAUCUCAUCCUGGACUAUGUUAGUGGUGGGGAGAUGUUCACUCAUUUGUACCAGCGGGAUCACUUUUCCGAGGAGGCGGUCCGGAUUUACAUUGGGGAAAUAAUCCUCGCUCUGGAGCAUCUGCACAAGCUUGGGAUUGUGUAUCGAGACAUCAAAUUGGAAAACAUUCUUCUAGACAGUGAAGGCCAUGUGGUAUUGACAGAUUUUGGUCUCAGCAAAGAGUUUCUGGAAGAAGAGAAGGAAAGGACCUACUCUUUCUGUGGCACUAUUGAAUACAUGGCUCCGGAAAUCAUCAGGGGGAAGGCUGGGCACGGCAAGUCGGUGGAUUGGUGGAGCCUGGGGAUCCUGAUGUUCGAGCUGCUGACGGGAGCAUCUCCUUUUACGUUGGAGGGGGAGAGGAACUCCCAGAGCGAGGUGUCAAAGCGUAUUUUGCGCUGCGACCCACCAUUCCCGUCCAUGAUUGGCUCCAUUGCUCAGGACCUGCUGAAGAAGCUGUUGGUAAAAGAUCCUCACAAGAGGCUGGGCUCUGGACCACGAGGGGCCGAGGACAUCAAAGCUCAUCCUUUCUUCAAGGGACUGAACUGGGCAGACCUGUCUCAGAAGAAAGUAGAAAGCCCGUUCAAACCAGAGCUUAAGAGCGAACUUGACGUUGGCAACUUUGCUGAGGAAUUCACUGGGAUGGAUCCCGUUUACUCUCCGGCAAGCACACCCCCAAGCACAGACCGCCUUUUCCAGGGUUACUCCUUUAUCGCUCCUUCCAUCUUGUUCAAUAAGAACGCCGUCAUGGGGGACUUAGGCCAAUCCCAAACUGGAGCUGACCGACCCGCGUCUGCUUCUGUUCAGCGCAGUGCGAUGCUGGAGGAAUCACAGUUUUUCCAGCACUACGAGCUGAACCUCCACGGGCCGCCGCUGGGUGAGGGUAGUUUCUCAGUGUGCAGGAAAUGCCGACACAAGCAAAGUGGUCACGAGUACGCCGUCAAGAUUGUCAGCCGCAGAAUGGAGGUAAACACUCAGAGGGAAAUUGCUGCCUUGAGGCAGUGCGAGGCCCACCCCAACAUUGUCAGGCUGUUUGACGUUUACACCGAUCAGUACCACACAUAUUUAGUGAUGGAGCUCCUGCAAGGCGGGGAGCUGCUGGAGAGGAUCAAGAAGAAGAAACUCUUCGGUGAGGCCGAGGCCAGCCAGCUGCUGCAGAGCCUGGUGUCAGCUGUCAGCUACAUGCACGAGGCCGGCGUCGUGCACAGAGAUCUCAAGCCUGAGAAUGUGCUGUUUACAGACGAGGGGGACGACCCUGUGCUGAAAGUCAUAGACUUUGGGUUUGCGCGCCUGUGCCCUGCAGGCAGCGCCCCCCUGCAGACCCCGUGCUUCACGCUGCAGUACGCCGCGCCGGAGCUCUUCGACAGCGCGGGCUAUGACAAAUCCUGCGACCUCUGGAGUCUCGGGGUGAUCUUGUACACCAUGCUGUCAGGCCAGGUGCCAUUUCAGAGCGAGCAGCGAGGAAUGACCUCUUCUUUUGCAGCAGAUAUCAUGCACAAGAUAAAAGAGGGGGAUUUCUCCUUGGAAGGGGAAGCCUGGAAAGGCGUAUCGGAGGACGCAAAAGAGCUGGUCAAAGGCCUGCUGACGGUGGAUCCAGAGAGACGUCUCAAACUCUCCGAUCUGAAGGAGAACAGCUGGUUGCAGGGCGGAGCAUCCAUGUCCACCACUCCUUUGUGCACUCCAGAUGUGUUAGAGUCCAGUGGACCAACUGUCCGCACCUAUGUUAAUGCUACGUACAAUGCUUUUAACCGUGGCAAAAGAGAGGGUUUUUUCCUGAAAAGCGUCGACAACGCUCCCCUGGCAAAGCGCCGCAAGCUCAAGAUGACGAGCACAGGUGUGGAGACCCGCUGGAGCUCCUCCUCGUCCUCCUCCUCCUCUUCCACCUCCUCCUCAGCCUCUGCAACAGCCUCCAAAGAACAGCCAAAGCAAACUGUGACCCCAAAGCAGAGCAAGCCCAAAUGAGAGCAGCACGGAAAAAUGAAAUGGUAUGUGCCACAUUGUUGCAAAACGAUGUCCUCCAGUGGUCAGAACACUGAUGAAUCACAGCACUGGUUCAGAGGAAUCUCAAGCUUUCAAUGCAAAGCUCAUUUUCUCUCGCUUCGCAGUAGAAUCUCUGCAUUCCUCCUGCCAUAUUCUCCCCAAACCAAACAUGGACUUUCCUUCGGUGGAGAAGAUGUGGCCUUUAAGAUUUUAGUUCCUCUUCAGUAUCUGCUCAUUGUCGUUUUUUUUUUUUUAUCAACGUGGCUACUGGCUAUUUGGGGCGAAAAGGGAAAAAGGAGCCAAUCACGAGCAGAAGCCAUCAAUGCGACAAAAUCGGCGACUAGCCGUUUUUAAGGCACACACAUUUGCACGUAGAACAUGAACAGUCCUGCCAGUUAUUUGUGGGCUUAGCGCUUUGAUUGUUCCAGGUAAUAACAUUGUUACUCAGUCACAGAUCCAGAAAAUUAGGAAAAAUGAGCAGAAGUCAAACCCACACACUGUGCAACACGUUGGCACUCCUGAGCAGAAAGAAGAUUGUCUCAGAUUAAAUUUAGUACAAAUCAACAGUUUGCACUCAUGAAAGUAAAUGAUCAAAUGAAAGAAACAAAACAGCUAAUGUGUCGCUCAGACUGAGCACAGCGGGAAAUUAUUUUGUGAUACGUACGUAGAACUUUAAAGAUUGCAUAGAAUAAAAAUAAUCCUGUAUUUGGGAUAUCAGAGUGCUGAUCAUCAGUCCAAAGGAGAUUCUGCACUUCACUACAAACUCUGGAUCCAUUUGGACUUUUUCCAGAGUUCUGGUCUCAGAUUCACAACUCUGUCGCAGUGUUACGCGAAACAUUUGUAAUGAUUGAAUUUUCACGGUUGGCGCUCCUACUAGUGCCACGGAGACACAGCUGGGACGCACGUGCUCAUCACACUUGCUGUAAAUAGCUCUUAACGUUGUGCCGGUCUGAAAUAUUCCAGCAUGCAAAUCUGUUUUAAGAAGAUUUUUUCUAUAUUUUGGUAUUUCUGAAAGAUGAAACGAGCGAUCACUUAGGGUGUUUUUAAUGCUGGGAAGUCCGGCGGGAGUGUUUUGCACACGGUUCGGAGCCAAACGGUUUGGUAAUGCGAGGCGCGCGUUGCCUCCACUUUGUAUAUUUUUCAAAGAAGAAGCAGUUUUCUGUUGGCCUCUGGCCAGCGUUUCAAGGGGCUAACACAGACACGGUCUGAUCCAGUGGAAGCUGAUCCCUAACUGUGGACAUCCUGUCGUCUUGUGUCACCGGGGCUGCUUUGGUCUAUUUCUUCUGGUGUUUUUUAAAGCCUCCUCGGCUUUGAAGUCCAAAUCAUGCCACAGAUUUAGACACCGCCUCGUAACUUUUAGGGAGACCUACCUAUACAUCAUGAUUUUGAGCAAAAAAAUAACCGAUGUAAAGAUUUAUGAAUGACAGCUGUUUUAAUGGUAUUUCAAUCUAUUAAUGUAAUGCUGAUUUUAAUUUGACUUUUUUUUGUUGUUGUUGCCGUCGAUUGAUCAGUUAUACACAGCUUUAAAGGUGCUUUCACUGAUAUUUAUUACGUGGUUGAUUUUAAUGCUGCGGUUAUGGGAUUAGCGUCGUUUGGCUCUCGUGGAUCUGCCCCCCCGGGUGUGCAUGUGUACGCGUGUGUGAGAGCGGUGCCUGGACAUCUGUUGUGCCCAUAUCUCUGUACCAGAUGAAGCAUUAUUGCAAGUUUCUGUAGCGUUUUCUUUGUGUGCCAACAAUGUCAUUUUAAGGUGGUUGUUUCGUGUUGUCGUUUGCGUUUCAGCUUUGAUGUUUUUACUUUUUCAAAAAAGAACUUUUAUUGGUGUUGAAUUUCCUUUGUUGUGGUAUGUGACAUUUUCUCUCUUCUUUUUCUUUUUUUUAGCAUUACAACUUUACUGAUAUGCACUGUCUCUGAUGUCGUAACUGGGAAUUUAGGUUUUGUGCCAUGAUUUUUUUGUUUGGUGCAAAAUAAACUUUACUUUUAAAUAGACGGGUAGUUGUUUAUUUGGUCAAUCGGUCAUAUUGGGAUGUGAUUUAGCUGAAAUCGUCUGUGGUCGGAGGGUUCAGAAGGCUGAACGCUGGGCAUUUACUGUAGAGGUGGACGGAUGGAGGUAAUUGUGUUGUGAAACUACCUUGUGAGGAGGGACAGUGUUAAAGUAUACGUGCAGAGAAGGUGAUACCUGUGACCUCCUC